AGGGUGUCCAGGAAACACGACUUAGAAAUAAAGCAAAGGGAUAGUCAUAAAUAAUUAAGACAUGUUAUAUUGGUUGUAACGUUUUGACCUUUAAGGCCAGUUACUUUGGGCAUACUAUUAAAUUUGCUUUAGCCCCGAUAUUAUUACCGCAAAAACCCAGGAUCUACAUCUACGGGUUGCUUUGCCUGAUGCAGGUAGAUUUCCCUUUUUUUAUCAUUUGAUUUGAUAACUCUUGACUUGUUUAAUUGAUCUAACGUUUUUUUAAAAGAACAAUUGAUUAGCAUCAAGUGUGAGCAGAUAUUCUUGUACGAAUUCAUCAUUGGGGGAAAUUCACUAGGAAACCUUCUCAAUUCUCUUACGAAAAUGACGAGCAGACCAGAUCGAUAACUUGCAUUAAGAGUGCAUGAUGUGAAAGAAUUGUGUGCUCAAAGGCCUCCAUGGUCACGUUACCAAGUAACCACACACUUGCAUGUAAAAACUGCUCCAAGGAGUAUUAAAGAAGUAAAAUUCAAAGCCCAAGUCUAACCCUUUCAGAGCCUCUAUAUAUAGCUGGCUAGCUAGCUUUGGAAGUAUUAGUACAACUAGUUUAGCUCCAUCACUUCCAUCCACUAGGGGACUCAAUAUCCUGGUUUUCCAUAUUGAGAAAUGGGUUGUAAGUCUUGGGGCUCCAGGACUCUUGUUUUCUGGUGCUUUGUUUUUUCUUUGAUCCAUGUUUCAUUGGGUUCCAAGGCUAGGCAUUUCAAAUGGGAAGUCGAAUACAUUUACAGAUCUCAAGAUUGUUUGGAACAUGUUGUGAUGGGUAUCAAUGGCCAGUUUCCAGGGCCGACCAUCAGGGCUAAAGCCGGAGACACUGUUGUUGUGGAACUUACUAACAAGCUUCACACUGAGGGAGUUGUCAUACACUGGCAUGGAAUAAGACAGAUUGGAACACCAUGGGCAGAUGGGACUGCUUCCAUUUCACAAUGUGCUAUCAACCCUGGAGAAACUUUUCAAUACAGGUUCACAGUUGACAGGCCUGGAACAUACAUUUAUCAUGGGCACUAUGGAAUGCAAAGAUCAGCAGGCUUGUAUGGGUCCCUUAUAGUGGACGUAGCAGAUGAAGAGAAAGAGCCAUUCCAUUAUGAUGGUGAGUUCAACCUAUUGUUCAGUGAUUGGUGGCACCAAAGUGUUCAUGAGCAAGAAGUUGGCCUCUCCUCCAACCCAUUCCGUUGGAUCGGUGAACCCCAGACUCUACUGAUUAAUGGAAGAGGGCAAUUCAACUGUUCAUUGGCUGCAAAAUUUAGCAAUGCUUCUGUCAGCCAAUGCAAGUUUAGAGGAAAUGAGCAAUGCGCACCACAAAUCCUGCAUGUGCGUCGGAACAAAACUUACAGGUUAAGGAUUGCCAGCAUCACUGCUCUAGCUUCACUCAAUUUGGCCAUUGAGGGUCACAAAAUGGUGGUGGUGGAAGCUGAUGGAAAUUAUGUGCAACCAUUUGCAGUUGAUGAUUUGGAUAUUUAUUCAGGGGAGAGCUACUCAGUUCUGUUAAGAACAGACCAACUCUCCUCCAAUAAUUAUUGGAUUUCAGUUGGUGUAAGAGGAAGAGAACCCAAAACCCCUCAAGCCCUCACCAUUUUGAACUACUUUCCCACUUCUGCAUCAAAACUCCCUACCUCUCAACCCCCUGUAACACCUCCAUGGAAUGAUUAUAAUCACAGCAAAGCGUUUACUAAAAGUAUAUUUGCCCUGAUGGGAUCCCCUCAGCCACCAAGAACUCAUCAUCGUCGGAUCAUCCUUCUCAACACUCAGAACAGAAUCAAUGGGUCCAUCAAGUGGUCUAUCAACAAUGUUUCCUUGGUUUUGCCUCCAACUCCUUAUUUGGGGUCCAUUAAAUAUGGCCUCAACAAUGCUUUUGAUCAGAAAAGCCCUCCCGACAACAUUGAUAACAGUUAUGAUAUUAUGAAGCCUCCAGUGAACCCCAAUUCAACUUAUGGAAAUGGGAUUUACACCAUUAACUUAAACACCACUAUUGAUGUGAUACUUCAAAAUGCCAAUGCAUUAGCAAAGGAUGUUAGUGAAAUACAUCCAUGGCAUUUGCAUGGUCAUAAUUUUUGGGUGUUGGGGUAUGGAGAAGGGAAGUUCAGAGAAGAAGAUGAGAAGAAAUUUAACUUGAAGAACCCACCAUUAAGAAACACUGCUGUGAUCUUCCCAUAUGGAUGGACUGCAUUGAGGUUUGUUGCUGAUAAUCCAGGAGUUUGGGCAUUUCAUUGUCACAUUGAGCCACAUUUGCAUAUGGGAAUGGGAGUUGUUUUUGCUGAAGGUGUUCAACAUGUUGGUGAAAUACCAAGAGCUGCUCUUGCUUGCGGAUUAACAGCAAACAAACAGAACUUAGACUGA